CAGUCAAUAACGCGUACAGAUAGGAAACUCGCGUCCCGGUCGUUCCUAAAACAACUAAACGCAAGUUAAACACGAAAAAACGUGUUUUUGUACCAAAAUUAAUAUUAAUUUUUAAGUACAAGCUUUCCUACUAUUAAAAUGGCACUAAUUUUAAAUAUUACUCUUUGAUUUAAAUAAGAUUUUUACGAAAGAGUGUUAUUGAUUGCGCUGCGUAUUUAGUUACUAUUUCGAUUCAGAAUAAUGGAGAAGAUUCUGGAAUGCCACCGAAAUAAUAUUUUGAUAGCCAUUUUUAUUACACUAUGCUGGUCACCCACAGGGAACGCCAUAGACUGUUUCAAAUGUGUAUCAAUGAACGGUCGGUUCCCGGCGUGCGACGACCCGUUCCACAAUAAUCACAGUCUUCAGAUGCUGGAGUCGCCCUGCAUGGGAGGACGGAAGGGGAGGGACGGCCUGUUCCCCGCUACUUCUUGUAUUAAAAUCGCUGGGGUUUUUGAUGACACAGGCGAGACGAUAACGGUCCGUGGCUGCGGGUUGGACUCCGGCACGGCGACCACCGACACCGAGAUCAUAAGGAUGUCACAUUGCGGACGAUUCUAUUAUGAUGACAGAUACGUCCACGGUUGCCUACAAAGUUGCAACGAUGCAGACGCCUGUAACAAUGCUGAAAAUAUUCGCACAAACUUACCAAUACUAGUUAUUAUAUACCACGCAUAUAAGUUAUUUUCUAGCUAACAGAUCUCAAGUAUAAAACAUAUUAAAUAAUAAAUAAAUAUAUCGCUAUCGUAGAUAUA